AUGAAUUAUUAUACGAUAUUAGAGUGUUCGCCCACGUCUACUUUCGAAGAUCUAAAAAAGAAUUAUCAAAGAUUGAUUAAAGUUUAUCAUCCGGAUAAAGGUGAAGAAAACCCGGAGGAAUUUGUGAAGAUAAAUGAGGCAUGGUCCACUUUGAAAGAUGAUAAAUUAAGGAAACAAUACGACGCGGAAAUUCUACACAAGAAUUUAAACGAUAAACCUUUAAUUUAUGCCGAAAUUAAUUUUAAAGAUCUUCAUUUUAAAAAUGAGGAGGCAAAUUUUAAUUGUCGAUGUGGUGAUAAUAUAACGAUUUAUUUAAAUGAAAUCGAAGACGGGGAAAGUUUAUUUGAGUGUAAUGAAUGUUCUAAUUGUAUUUUAAUUAAAAAAUAA